GGGCUGGGCGGUUCGGCUGGCGUCUGAGGCUCGUGGCCAUGGAGUGGGGUUCGGAGUCGGCUGCCGUGAGGCGACAUCGCGUCGGAGGGGAACGCCGGGACGGCCUGGUAGCCGCGCCACAACCAGAUAGGGAGGCCCCGGAGCUUGAGCCCCUGGUGGACGCGUGCGGCCGCAGCACGAGGAAUCGGAAGCGGAUCGCGGCGGGUAGCGGAGGCGCGAGCGGAGCUGCGUGGACCCGACUGUCUGAGGCGCGCGCCGCGCUGGGGCUAGCGCUCUACCUGCUCGCGCUGCGGACGCUCGUGCAGCUCUCGCUGCAGCAGCUCGUCCUGCGUGGGGCCACUGGGCACCGCGGGGAGUUCGACGCGCGCCAAGCCAGGGAUUAUCUUGAACAUAUAACAUCCAUUGGCCCCAGGACUACAGGAAGCCCAGAAAAUGAAAUUCUGACAGUGCAUUAUCUUUUGGAACAGAUUAAACUGAUUGAAAGUCAAAGUAACAGCUUUCACAAGAUUUCAGUAGAUGUACAGCGGCCCACAGGCUCCUUUAGUAUUGACUUUUUGGGAGGUUUUACAAGCUGCUAUGACAAUAUCACCAACAUUGUGGUAAAGCUGGAACCCAGAGAUGGAGCCCAGCAUGCUGUUCUGGCUAACUGUCAUUUCGACUCAGUGGCAAACUCACCAGGUGCCAGUGAUGAUGCAGUUAGCUGUUCAGUGAUGCUGGAAGUCCUUCGCGUUUUGUCAACAUCUUCAGAAGCCUUACAUCAUGCUGUUAUAUUUCUCUUUAAUGGUGCUGAAGAAAAUGUUUUGCAGGCCAGUCAUGGUUUCAUUACUCAGCACCCCUGGGCCAGUUUGAUCCGUGCAUUUAUUAACUUGGAGGCAGCAGGUGUGGGAGGGAAAGAACUUGUAUUCCAAACAGGUCCUGAAAACCCUUGGUUGGUCCAGGCUUAUGUUUCAGCAGCUAAACACCCUUUUGCUUCUGUGGUGGCUCAGGAGGUUUUUCAGAGUGGCAUCAUUCCUUCAGAUACUGACUUCCGUAUCUACAGGGAUUUUGGGAACAUUCCAGGAAUAGACUUAGCUUUUAUUGAGAAUGGAUACAUUUAUCACACCAAGUAUGACACAGCAGACAGAAUUCGAACAGAUUCCAUUCAGAGAGCAGGUGACAACAUUUUAGCAGUUCUUAAAUAUCUAGCUACAUCUGAUAUGUUGGUUUCUUCUUCUAAGUAUCGACAUGGGAACAUGGUCUUCUUUGAUGUGCUUGGCCUAUUUGUCAUUGCCUACCCCUCUCGUGUUGGCUCCAUAAUCAACUGCAUGGUGGUAAUGGCUGCUGUUUUGUACCUGGGCAAAAAAUUGUUGCAGCCCAGACACAAGACAGCUAACUACGUGAAGGACUUCUUCUGUGGACUUGGCAUCACUCUGAUAAGCUGGUUCACUAGCCUGGUCACUGUCCUCAUUAUAGCAGUGUUCAUCUCUCUGAUUGGACAGUCUCUCUCAUGGUAUAACCAUUUCUAUGUCUCCGUUUGUCUUUAUGGAACUGCUGCUGCAGCCAAAAUAAUAUUCAUACAUACUCUCGCAAAAAGAUUUUAUUAUGUGAAUGCCAGUGACCAGUAUCUUGGAGAAGUGUUUUUUGACAUCGCACUGUUUGUGCACUGUGGUUCCCUUAUAGCUCUCACUUAUCAAGGACUUUGCUCAGCAUUUAUUAGUGCUGUCUGGGUGGCGUUUCCAUUGCUCACAAAGCUUUGCGUGGACAAGGACUUUAAGCAGCAUGGUGCCCGAGGAAAAUUUAUUGCCUUUUACCUUCUGGGGAUGUUUAUUCCUUACCUUUAUUCAUUGUACCUCAUCUGGGCAGUAUUUGAGAUGUUUACUCCUAUCCUUGGGAGGAGCGGUUCGGAAAUCCCACCUGAUGUUGUGCUGGCUUCCAUUUUGGCUGGUUGUACGAUGAUUCUCUCCUCUUACUUUAUUAACUUUAUCUACCUUGCCAAAAGCACGAAAAAAACCAUGCUAACUUUAACGUUGGUAUGUACAGUUACAUUUUCCCUUGUGUGCAGUGGAACUUUUUUCCCAUACAGCUCCAAUCCUGCCAGUCCAAAGCCAAAGAGAGUGUUUCUUCAGCAUAUGACAAGAACAUUUCAUGACUUGGAUGGAAAAGUGGUUAAACGGGACUCUGGAAUAUGGAUCAAUGGGUUUGAUUACACUGGAAUGUCUCAUAUAACACCUCACAUUCCGGAGAUCAAUGACACCAUCCGAGCUCACUGUGAGGAGAACGCACCCCUCUGUGGUUUUCCGUGGUAUCUUCCAGUGCACUUUCUGAUCAGGAAAAAUUGGUACCUUCCUGCCUCAGAAGUUUCUCCAAGAGAACCUGUUCAUUUCAAACUUGUAUCCAAAGAACAGACACACUGGGAUUCUAUACGGCUGACCUUUGAAGCCUCAGGACCAAGCCAUAUGUCAUUCUAUGUUCGAACUCACAAAGGGUCAACACUUUCCCAGUGGUCUCUUGGCAGUGGCACUCCAGUCACAAGUAAAGGAGGGGACUACUUUGUGUUUUACUCCCAUGGACUUCAAGCCUCUGCAUGGCAGUUCUGGAUAGAAGUACAGGUCUUGGAAGAACAGCCGGAGGGAAUAGUCACUGUGGCCAUUGCUGCCCACUAUCUUUCUGGGGAAAACAAGAGAUCCUCCCAGCUGGACGCUCUGAAAGAGAAGUUCCCAGAUUGGACAUUUCCCUCUGCCUGGGUGUGCACCUACAGUCUCUAUGUGUUUUAACCUUGUGAAGGAGUUCAAAGUAAGUGUCCAGGGGGAUACUUCAUAUGACAUGUUUUCUCCUUAUGCUAUGUGAAUAUUUGUAAUGUAAGUCAAUGAAUUUUAAUGAGCAUAUGUUCAAAGAGCUUUGUGGACUAACACUCUUCAGGGUUAAGCACUAUAAUGAUUAUGCCGUGGGGUAGUGAUACAUGACCUUUUUGACACUUGAAAAUGCCAGUUUUCUGGCACUUAAGCACAUGUGGGUAUUGCCACUACACCACCGUGUCAUUUUAUAUGACCUUAAGGACAAAAGCCAACAAACCACUAGAGCAUUUGUUCCCUUAGGAUCAUAAAAGACAUUGAAAGUACUACAGGCCCAUUGUUAAUGAGACAAAUGACAUUUCCAAUUAAAGCCCAAGACCAUUUGUUGUGUCAGUGGUGGGUAAAUUAUCAAUCGCUGUAGUAAUGAUUCCCCUUGAGAUUUAACUGUAGGUCGUUAGAAAGCUAGUUCCAAAUGGAGUGGGAAGAACCAUUGGGCUUUUGAGGUCCCAGUCUGGGCUGAGAGCUGAGUGUGCUUAAUGUCUCUGUGGUGAAGCCCAAGACCCCUGAUGUGGAAACCUGUGCUGAGUUAGUGCACCUAGCCCUUCUGACAAGUGGUCACUGAGGUCCAUCAUUAUGAAGUUGUUUCAAUGCCUCUAUCCCUCUGAAACAUGUACCCCUGCUCCACCUGACCAAUUUAAGAAAGAUGAGCAUUUGUCCAGCUAUAUAUACCCUCUGGGUUUUCACUGGUUCUUUUGGUUCAGUGUUGUGUCAGUACAUGACCUUAACUUCCUUCUUCCGAGCACUGAGUUGCCAUGGUGGCUAAGCAUUUUAUAAAUAUUGUUCUCUUUGUUUUGUAGGGAGUUUUCCGUUAUCCAAGGUUAAUCCUUAAAAGCAUACUUUUAUUGAUGCACUGGGCCCUUGUUUUUGCCUGUUUCCAGCCAGCUGAACAGAUUGGUUUCUCAGUAACUUGCUGUCCAGCAUAGCUGGCUGUUUCGAAAGUUGAGCUUGUGGCUUGUACUGGAACAAGACCCCGCUACCUAUAGUUAUUGGGGUUCAGAUCCUGCAUAAUGGCAGUCCUAGGCCUUAUAGGUGCUUUUGAUUUUGAAGAAGAUGGCUGUGUAGCUUGUGAGGCCUGAUGGAUUCUUGGCUCCAGCAGUGGAAGGGCUUGGGGAGUUCGGUGGUAAAUGUUGCUUGCUUCAUUUUUUUCUGUUAAGAAACGUAAAAAGUUGCACUAAUUCUGAGUUGGACAAAUUCUGAGUUUUGCAAGCAUACCCCCCCCCCCCAACAUUUUAAAGAAAAGCUGUAGUAAAAAAUUUGAAAAUUCACAUUUGGAUCCAUUUGAACAGAGAGUAUAGUUAAGUGUACAUCACGGGAGGAAAUUCUUGAAGCUGCUCAUGUGAUACACACAAGGUGAUUUCUUAAUCAUAUUGCCUAAUUCAUGACUCUGUUCAACCUGCCUGGGCCUACACAUGAGGGCUGCAGCCGAGCUGAAGGGUAACGUGCUGGCUAUGACGUGCAUGGACGCUUGAGCUGUUGCUUUUAUUUAUUUUUGACUUUGUAAAACCAUACAUUAUUAGCUUCAAGUGCCUGGCUCCUGCCACAUUAAUGUCAGGUGGUAAUAAAGAUGGAAAUGUUUAUAGUGCAGCUUGUAUAGAAUCAGUUGUGGAGGAAAAGUUAGAAAAAGUAGUAUCUCAAUGAAUUUCAAAGUACAGUCAGUCCUCCAUAUUUGUAGGUUCCACAUACACAGACGGAGAAUAUUCAGGGAAAAAAGUUAUGCUGUUGCUGACGUGUACUACUUAGUUAGGCCUACCAUGGUUCCAUCUGUAUUGAACAUGUAGGCUUUUCCCCUAGUUCUUCCCUAAAAAAUAUAGUGUAACUACACAUGGUAUUUACAUUGUAUUAUAAGUAAAGUAGAAAUGAUUUAGAGGAGGAUGUAUGUAAGCUAUAUGCAAAUACUAUGCUAUUUUAUAUAAGGAACUCAAGCAUUCAUGGAUUUUGGUAUCCACACAGAUGCUGUAACUCCCCGCCCUGUAGAUCCUAAGGGAUGACUGUACAAGCAUAUAUUUGCCUCUGUGAGCAAACUGAAAUUGAUCACCAGAAAUUACUCAUAGCCCUCCAAGUUUUGUAGAAGGACACUGUAUGAAUUACAAAUGGUUCCUUGUGAUAUUUUCAGGAAUAAUCAUGGUUUUCAUUUUGCCUUUGAAUUACAUCCUCACAUGUAAAUGAUUCUCUUUUGUUUUCUUUAGCAUUAUAAAACUUACAUACCAUGCAAGGUCUUAAAAAGAUGCUCACUGGUCUCUGGGCAUGCUUAAUAUUCUGGAAGAUUGUUUUAGUGCAGAAAUGAUUAAGUAACUCCAGUAUUCACAGCUCUGUUGGUAAGCAUACCACUGUCAGAUCAGCAGCCUCUGAGAUUAAAGAAUUUUUGUUUUCUUUUUUUUUGAGUAUCUGGGUCAUUUGAAUAACUCAUUUCUAAAAGGGUCUUUUCAAAUUCUAAAACACAUCAUUUCCUACAAAUGUAAGUAGCACAGGGAAAGUGUAAAGAAUUGGGAUUUUGAAGGAAUUCGUUCUUAAAAUUUACAUGGUUGGACCAAAAAAUGAUUGUUGUAUGAAGUGUGUGUUUCCACAGUUUAGCAGAUGUAAAUAAGCAGGAUAGGAUUCCUAAAAUGUUACCAC